AUGUCGCACGCGCCGACCAAGACGUUCUAUAACAACACAAAGGCCUCCGACAUUGCAGGGCCUCAUGCCAAUGAUAGAUGCAGCAUUCAUCACUGGUCGAGCCAGGGGAUGACGGGUCGCGGCGUUCUCCUGGACUACCGCUCCUACGCGGAGAGCCAGGGAUUUGCUUACAACUCGGCAUCUCACCAUGCCAUUACAUAUGAAGAGCUUCGCCGGUGUGGGGAUUGGCAAGGUCUCGACAUCCGCCCAGCUAGCCAAGGGGGUGAUAUCCGGGUCGGCGACUUUCUCUUCAUACGCUCGGGUUUCGUCAGGGACUAUUAUCUUGCGUCCGAUGAUGAUAACGACGCGAUUGGGCUGCGGGAGGAACCUACCUGGGCCGGAGUAAGUCAGGAGCCAGCCGUCGUGGACUGGCUACACGACUGCUACUUUGCGGCGGUGGCUGGCGAUGCCCCUGCUUUUGAGGUAUGGCCGUCACGAGAAUCUUACAAGUUGCAUGAGUACUUGUUGGCCUUGUGGGGUGUGCCGAUCGGCGAAAUGCUUGAUUUGGAGAAGGUCAGUGGAUUGGCUCGCAAACACGGUCGAUGGACAUUUUUCUUUUCCAGCGCACCGGCCAAUUGCCCUGGUGGUGUCGGCAGCCAGGUGAAUGGUACGGCUAUAUUCUAA